AUGUGGAGUCUAACCAGGCACAUCAAUGUCACUAUUGUGGCGCCACACCUGCGACUUUUCGUCAUGGUAGCGCAUUGCCCCUCGCUGGCCACGCAUCCCUACAAGACAGUCGAAGCCUUUUGGAGAGACCGGGCGCGAGAGCUCGAACGUCGACCCAGAGGCUUCGACUACAUUGUUCUCGUCGAUGCUAAUUCCCAAGUGGGUUCCAUUGAGACACCGCACGUAUCAGGAUACCAAGGCACAGAAGAGAAUCCAGCUGGUUCACUGCUGCAUGAUUUUCUGGUUUCUGUAGAAGGAUUUUUGCCGUCGACCUUUGAGCAUAUGCAGACAGGACCUGGGGACACGUGGUGUUCCUGCACUGGGGAACGGCACCGCAUCGAUUUCGUUGUACUUCCCCUUUCAUGGUUCUCGCAUACUGUUAGCGCCUCUGUCCUCACGGGCUUCGAGGCCCUGCAGCUUCGCGAAGACCACUCUCCGGUCCUUGUACAGGUUGACUACCAACAUGCAGAGUCCCAGGUGCCAUACUUUGACUGCAAACGACGGGCUGUCCGCCCUCCUCCCCCCACCUCUGCUGAGGAGAAAUCCUAUCAACGGGGAGUUUUGCGUGCUCUGCCAACCUGCCCCUGGAAUGCCGACAUCGAUGAGCAAGAUGCGUUCUUUGUGGAUACUUGGUCGGUCGCAGGCCGCCAUCUUACUCCACCUAGAACGGAGCAACCGCAUCAGCCCUUCCUCUCUCCGCAUACACUCAAUGUUGCUCAAUGGUGUAAGGCUCUCCGCAAGUAUCUGCGCGCUGAGGCGACCGAGCGCCAGCGCAGAUGGUUAUUGAUUAUCUUCGCGGCCCUGCGGCUGCACUGCCUCGAGCGAACUUUCACAGCCCCUGCCAUCCGCAGGGCUGACACGUGGUUACGCGAUAUGGACAGCAGCGAGUCCGCCGCAGUUUCCAUUCUGAAUCGACUAGUGAAGCAGCUACGCACUGGUGUUGCCAGAGACCGGAUUGCGUAUCUGGACGACCUAGUCAAGCAGGAAGCAGGAGUUGCAGUUUCAGCCGAUGAGUAUGUCCAACGCUCUUCUGACACCAAGGUCGUUGAUGCCGCAUUCGAGAUUUCCUCCAUGCCCACUCUGAGUGCCGUCGAGGACAUCGUCACCAAGCUCAAGGCUCAUAAGGCCGCGGGGCCAGACAACCUCACCGCCGACUUGCUACGGCUGUGUCCGCAGGCCGCAGCCAGAAGCCUGAUGCCGAUCUUUACCAAGACCACCCUCUCUUUGAGGGAACCUACCGAAUUCCGUGGUGGCACUCUCAUGUGCUUGGCCAAGCGUGCAGGGGCCUCUCUCCAAUGCAGCCAUUACCGGUCCAUUUUAUUGUCUUCCAUCCCAGCGAAGGUGUACCAUCGGCAUCUUCGCAACCUGCUUGUUCCAUUGCACGCAGCCGAUAAGGCAGCCUUGCAGCUGGGUGCACUCGGAGGAAUUGGGGUCGAAGCAGUGGCCUGGGCAGCUCGAUCUUUCCAGCUCCAGCACCAUUCAUUGCGUAAGCCUUGGGGUAUCAUUUUCGUAGAUGUGCAAGCAGCAUUUUAUAGAGUGGUAAGGCAGGCACUCACACCACACUACGAGGACGAUACGGGCAUUCUGCAUUUAUUGCACCGCAUGGGCAUGCCCUCUCAGGCUGCUAAUGCCCUCUGUGAGCAGCUGCAUAGGCUUGCAAUACUGCCCGACCUAGGGGCAACGGACCAGGUAACAGCAUUGAUCCAAGACAUCAUGCGGUCCACUUGGUUUAGGAUAGACACACAUGACAUCCUAACCAUGACUUUUUGUGGUACACGACCAGGAGAUCCUGCAGCUGAUCUCCUGUUCGAACUGGCGUUCGGAGAGUUUCUUAAAGUGCUAGACAAGGACCUCCACCAAGCCGAUCUUCGCCCAGCUGCCGCGCCAGUUUCCCCUCUGCACGAUUGGGUCGCUGGCCCUUCCACCAGUCUGGGUGCCCCCGCCUGGGCCGACGACUUCUUCCUACCGCAGUCGGCUACUACUCCUGAUACGCUUCUGGGACGCAUACAGCGCACGGCGGAAUGCACCGUUAGCCGUGCUACGUCUCUCGGCAUGCGCCUCACCUUUGCCAGUACUAAAACUGCUGUCCUGCUUCCAGCAGCGACCGACUGGAAUCAAUACCCAGAAUGCCGGCAGAAUGGAAAGGGGGAGUAUUACAUUCCAGUGAGCGACACUCUUGCGAACGAGCAGCACGAGAUGCCGAUUGUGCAUUCAUACCGUCACCUUGGCGGUAUUCUGACAUCCAGUGCCACACCUCGCCCCGACCUUCUGCUUAGGCAGUCUCAGGCUCUUGGAGUUGUGAAGCCGCUUCGCAGGAAGCUGUUCCGCAAUCGGGAUAUCCCCUUGCACACCCGCCGUACCCUUCUAAGGGCCCUUUCGGUCUCCAGACUGGUUCAUUCAGCAGCUUCACUCGUUUUGCCAGCCGCCAUACAACAAAGGCUGUGGGACAGGGCGUAUGUCCAGGUGUGGCGCUCGCUGCUACCGCGGGCGGCAGCGGACAAACAGCCACACAGUUUGCAGGUGCUGCGCACGUCCCAGGCACCUUCACCGCCCAUAGCGCUUGCUAAGACACGUGCAGCUUUUCUGCGACAGCUUACCCUGAACGGUCCCAUAGCUUUGAAACAGCUCUUGUACCAGCACUGGGUCUGUCACCCCAAGAGCUCUUGGCUGAACCAGCUGAAGACGGACGCCACAUUAGUGCAAGCAUAUUGCCCACAGGUUGCCCCCUUUUUCGAGCGGCGAUGCCCGGUCACCGUUAUUCUUGACUCUUUACUCGAAGAUCCAGCAUGGUGGGGACGGCAAGUGCAGCUCAUGCAGAAAGCCUUUCUCGCAGACAUCGAAAAGGCCGCGCAACGGCCGCAUGAUUCCAUCGCUGCAGCAUCCCGACCAUCAUGCGAACACAUCGCAGCAGACGAGUUUACAUGCCCAGUCUGUGCGUCUGGAUUUCCGUUGCGCAAACACUUGUAUGCUCAUAUGGCAAGGGCACAUAAGUUGUGGAGUCGAGCUAGGCAUUUUGCCUAUGACAACUUUUGCCCAUCUUGUCAUCAUUGGACAGGAGAUGUUCGCCUGGUGCAGCUGCAUCUCAAACGACAUGAUGAGUGCCUCAGGAGGGCUUGCCACCUCAUCCCGCCCAUGACUACGGAACAAAUACGGGAAGCUGAAUACGAUGUGGUUCAACGAGACCGUUUGAUCCGUAAAGGGAAAUGGGAAUGUUUCCGAGGGCAUGGAGGAGCCGCAGUUGUACAGGGGCCCAGACUGCCUACAGCAGCAGAACGUCUUGCGGACUUGGAUUUUAUGUCCGAGCAGGUCACGUUAGAUGUUUUCAAACCCCUAUACAGGCCACCUGCAGAUGUCAUCGAGUGGAUCGAAGAGUAUCUCAGGGGGCGGUCCACUGAAGGCCCACGGCAAACUGCAUCCUCCUAUUGGCAUCGGGGACCACUUUGCACAGAGUUUCACCAGAAUUCAACCAAUUUUGGGAUGCGCCGCGAAUAG